AUGUUAGCUGAUCAGGAUCGCUUGGACGAAAUUAUCGCUGGAGCAGUGAUGCUGAUAGUCGGCGUUAUUGGAAUUGUGCUGAUAUCUCGGCUAUCGUGCUCAUCUAUCGCACUCCUUCCUUCCACAACGCUUUCGGCUAUAUAUGCGCAUCACAUUUGUUCGCUGAUGUUGGACUGCUCGUCAUUUUCUCCUUUUGGGCUGCUCCGGCUUCCUUAUUAUUGCGAUUUCUUUUUUGACGCCCACUCAUUCCUCUGGAUAUAUUCUCAAACUGAAUGCAGCGCCUUCAUUGCUUUUUACGUUGCCUUCUUGUACUGCGCAGUUCUUUGUGCUGCAGUGAUCUUCAUCGACACAAUUGCUUUUUUUGCAAUCAUCCAAAACGUCAACAAAGUGAAGAAAUUGUCCAAAUCCUCUCUUGGAGCUCCGGAUUCUGUACUGCUUAACAAGAACAUCAAGCUCUACAUGCAGGGAUGUCUGCAAGCAGGAUGUUUUGCGUUGGUGACUGUGUCAUUUUUCGUCUUCUCCAGAAUGGCUACAACAAAAUGGGCGCUAUUUGUCACAACAACACUUGCGUGGGAAUUAGCGCAUGCUGUGGAUGGGUAUGUCUGCCUUUAUUUGGUUCCGUGGGGUGACACAAAGUUUUCAUUAAGGCUUAUUCUAAUUGCUUUCCACGAGAGAUUCCGCGUGAUACUACGUCAGCCAUCAAUGCUAUGGCGAAACGAAUUCACCGAAACAAAGGCCGCAAACAUUCCUACAAACACUUCA